CGAUGAGGUUAUGUUUUUAUGGCCCGUUUACAUAUUUGCUAAUUCUACGCGACAGUUCAUUUUCGAGCAGUAUUGGCGUCAAUUUAGCGCAAUGUAAACACUUUUUAGCAGACAAUAAAAUUAGCAUGACAAAAUCAGAAGCUUCUGAAUUCGGUGCUAAAACUAGUGGACAAUAAUGAGGAUAUUAGAUUGUCCGACACAAUUAGCAUCAUGUAAACGGUCUGCUAGACGAAUUGUCAGCUAAUUAUGCCAUCAUGCCAAUUUUAUUGGCAGAUAGGGAAGUGUUUACAUUACGAUAGUUUGGUACCAACACAGUCGGACAAUUUAUUGUCCCAGAUUUAGCAGCUAAAUUUUUAGCGGCAAUGUAAACGAUACUAGCGUGGAAUAAAUUGUCCGACAGAAUAUUGUCACGCAUUAUUAUCACAUAUGUAAACGGGCCAUUAAUGCAAGCCUCUAUAGUCUAAUAAUUAGGUAUAGCCAUAUAUAUGGUAUAACGCUGUGUUUAUAAAAAAGUGCUUCCUGACAACAAUAAAUAAUAAAAUAAAAUCAACAAGAUAAGGUUGUUUCCAGUUUCAAGAGAAGUACAGUUAUUCACCUUCGUUUAACUUUACUAGCAACGAAUAUUGGAAGAAGUGGUGCAAAAAUGGAAGCUACAAAUGCCGAGGAACUGCAGUACCUUGAAACGAUACGUCGUAUAAUUGAGACCGGAGAUAAACGAGAGGAUCGUACUGGAGUCGGUACUUUGUCCAUUUUUGGAACUCAGAUGCGAUAUAGCCUACGUGACAACGUACUUCCCUUAUUGACUACGAAGCGCGUAUUUUUCCGUGGAGUUGCAGAAGAGCUUCUUUGGUUCAUAAAAGGAAGUACAAAUGCAAAGGACCUCCAAGCGAAAAACAUACACAUUUGGGACGGAAAUAGCACUCGCGAGUUUCUAGAUGCUUCAGGAUUUGCUGAUCGAGAAGAAGGUGAUCUAGGGCCGGUAUACGGAUUCCAAUGGCGUCACUUCGGCGCCAAAUAUAAAACGUGUCAUGACGAUUACACUGGACAGGGAAUUGACCAGUUGGCAGAAGUUAUAAACCGUAUUAAAACCAAUGCUACUGAUCGACGUAUUAUUAUGAGUGCAUGGAAUGUUAUGGAUAUACCCCAAAUGGCCCUCCCACCCUGCCACUGUUUGGCACAAUUUUUCGUAGCAAAUGGAGAACUUUCUUGUCAGUUAUAUCAACGAUCAGCGGACAUGGGUCUCGGAGUUCCAUUCAACAUUGCUAGCUAUGCUUUGUUAACACAUAUGAUAGCUCAGGUUACUGGACUGAAGGCAGGCGAAUUUAUCCAUACAACUGGCGAUACACAUGUAUAUCUUAAUCACAUUGAACCCUUGAAGGAACAACUUCAAAGAAUGCCCAAGCGAUUUCCAACUCUGAAGUUCAAACGGAACGUGCAGUCCAUAGAUGAAUUCAAAUUUGAAGAUUUUGAAGUCUGUGGAUAUGAUCCAUAUCCCACCAUUAAGAUGCAAAUGGCUGUAUGAAAAUUAUUAAUUAUAUUGUCGUCAUUUUAGUACUAAAUCAAAUAGCGACAUUUUGCUUUCAUUUAUUUCCGCUGCUCUUUCUAUACCGUGACAUAACUAGGCUGACCAGAUAGUAAGAUAAAAACGGGACAUUUGAACUGAAAAUACGGGACAUAUAAAUUAACUUAUUAGAAAAAUUAUAUAUUGUUUACAAUACACAUUAAGGUGCGAUUAUAUUUCUAAAAUUCAAAGAUAUACAACUGUUCUGACUGUAAAUGACAUAAAUUAGAGAAACUUACGAGUAUCAAUCACAUUUUGAGACAAUUGAUUUUUUUUUUAAUAAAUACCAAGAUUAGGUAUCAUUGAAGUGGUCAAAAAGCAACACCAUACAUAAGUAAAAAAAUAUUAAAUAAAAAACAAUUAAAUUAGA